CUCGAAAGAGUGCAGAUCAUAGACAUGCAGCCCUUCACCUCCGCGUUCGGCAUUGUUGCGCGCCGAUACGGUGGACUGAAAGGCUUCUACUCCGCUCCAUUCUUGCGCUCCAACACUCUGCUUUUUUCUCGUUCAUUUCUUCGUCAUUUCGCACUUAUAUCCACACCCUCGGCCGCCGCCAUGUCUACUGUUUCGCCUCCGGAUGUCACCAUUGCUUCCAUCAACCCGAAGCAUCUACAAGAAGAUUUAAAUGCAAAUUCAGAUUUUUUUCCUUUUGAUGAGAUAUUAUAUUGCAAUAGCGGGAAUCCCCAUUCUCUUGGUCAGCCACCAGUUACCUUUUUUAGAGAGGUUCUUGCUUUAUGCAGCCAUCCUUCUAUCUUGAACAGGGAUGAAACUCAUGUCUUGUUUAGUUUCACAGAGGUGGCUGUUAGGUCAAAGCAGAUCCUAUCUCAAUGGAUGAGAGUUUGGUGGAGACAAAUGAUGUUGCUCUUCCUGAAACAGUUUGAGGAUGCCAUGGCGAGAGCAGGGGAGAUUUUAGAUUUAUUCCCGGCUAGAGCUACUGGUGCUUAUAGUAAUGGUCAGGGAACAGAAGGUUUAUGUGAAGCAAUUGCAUCCGGAAUCGCUUCCCGUGAUGGAUUUCCAUGCAAUGUUGAUGAUAUUUUAUUAACAGAUGGCGCAAGUUCAGCUGUGCGCAUGAUGAUGCAGUUACUAAUAAUGUCAGAGAAAGAUGGCAUUAUGUGCCCUUUUCCUCUUUGUCCUCUUUAUUCAGCUUCAAUUGCUCUACAGGGUGGUUUUCUUGUACCAUAUUAUCUUGAUGAGACGAGUGGGUGGAGUAUAGAUAUACCUGAGCUAAGGAAACAAUUAGAAGAUGCUCAAUCCCAGGGUAUAACUGUAAAGGCACUUGUGGUGAUAAAUCCGGGCAAUCCCACAGGACAGGUGCUCACAGAGGAGAACCAAAGACGGAUAGUAGAGUUCUGCAAGGAAAAAUCUCUGGUUAUUCUAGCUGAUGAGGUGUACCAAGAUAAUAUUUAUGCUGAAGAUAAGAAAUUCAAUUCGUUCAAGAAGAUUUCUAGAUCAAUGGGAUAUUGCGGCAAAGAUCUUUCUUUAGUAUCUUUUCAUUCUGUUUUGAAGGGGUUCUAUGGAGAAUGUGGAAAAAGAGGCGGCUUUAUGGAGAUUACCGGCUUUAGUGCUGACGCAAUAGCACAAUGUCGCAAGUUGGCAAUUGUAAAUUACUGCUGUCCAAACAUCUCAGGCCAGAUUCUUGCUAGCCUUAUCAUGAAUCCACCUAAGUCCGGAGAUAAAUCAUAUGAAUCGUUCUUUGUAGAGUGAGAUGGGAUUUUGUCAUCAUUGGCGCGCCGCGCUAAGGCAUUAGAAGAUGCCUUCAAUAGUCUAGAAGGUAUGACAUGCAACAAGGCAGAGGGAGCCAUGUCUCUCUUCCCGCGCAUUCGCCUGCCAAAGAAGGCGAUUGAGGCAGCAAUGUCGGUGAGCUUAGCACCCGAUGCAUUCUACGCUUGCCGCCUUCUCGACGCCACUGGAAUUGUCGUUGAUCAUGGCU